AUGAAGACCACCAAGCCCAUUACAUGUGUUUCAGCGCUGCUGCUGACGUGCGUCGCGCCGAUCCUGGGCCUCCCGAGGACGCUCCACCCGCAGGCCAGGGACAGCGCCAAAGAGCAGGUCACCCAGCUCAUCAGCUCCAUCACGUCCGACUUCCUGGGCAAAUUGGAUGCGUCCCCGGACGAGCACUGCAGCGGAGGUCCGAUCUCAUCGAGCUGCACGUCGGACACUGUCGUCUACCGCAGGGAAUACGGCUCGCUUUCCGAGGCUGAAAGACUGGACUACGUCAAUGCCGUCAAGUGUCUCCAGCGCCUACCGGCGCGCACGCCGGCCAGCGUAGCGCCGGGGGCAAGGUCUCGCAUCAACCAGACCCUGACGCUGCACUUCACGGGGAACUUCAUGCCGUGGCAUCGCUGGUUUGUUCACGUCUACGAGACUGCUCUCCGGGACGAGUGCGGCUACCGCGGCUACCAACCUUACUGGGACUGGCCGAAAUACAUGAAAGCCCCCCAAGACUCGCCCAUCUUCAACGGUGACCCACAUAGCCUGGGUGGUAACGGACAGUACAUCCCACAUAAUGGCACGGUCAUCACUCCCCCAGAGGGCGUUUCAGGAGGCAACAUUCAGCUGCCCGCUGGACUGGGAGGUGGCUACGUUGUGACGGGGCCGUUCGCAAACAUGACCAUCAACCUUGGUCCCUUCGGCGGCACGUUUGUUGCUGAGCCGGGCCCUGAUGGGGGGCUGGGCUACAAUCCUCGCGGUCUGAAGAGGGAUGUUGGGCCGGGCAUUACUGAGAGGUAUUGUAAUUAUACCACUGUCCUUGAGAAGCCGACCAUAACCGACUACCGUCUGCUCUCCGAGGGCGUGCCCUAUACAGUUGAGAUCGGUCCACACGGCGGCGGGCACUACGUGAUCAACGGCGAUCCUGGCGGUGACCUGUUCACCUCACCAGGAGAUCCAGCCUUCUGGGUGCACCACGGACAAAUGGACCGCCUAUGGGCGUUGUGGCAAACUCGCGACCCCUCGACAAGAUAUACCCAGCUUGACAAUGGGACGUAUGGCCACAUCACGUGGGCCAACUCCCCUGCUUCACGCCUCGCUGAGCUUGACGACAUCAUCGAUGUGGGUUAUGCGGGGCCUUCGAUCAAGAUACGGGAUGCAAUGUCAACCACGUCUGGUCCGUUCUGUUAUUUCUACGAGGAGUCGUCGUGA